UUGAAUUAAACAAGAAAGAUUAUAAUGCCUCCUAAUUGGAACUAUUAAACUUAUAUAUAUAUGUCUAAUUUAUUCAUUUUAGAGAACAUUUCAUCAACAUAUACUUUGUAAUUGUCAUAUUGAAAGAUACCAAAUGACAAGUGAUAAUAAUCGUUCAAAUUGUGUAAACAAUUCACCAAUAUCAAUUAAACCAUCAAUGGAUAGAUUACCAAAAUGUUCUACAAUUGAUUUUUAUUAUUUAUUACGUUUAUUUAUAUCUGAAUUAAUUGGUACAGGAACAUUAUGUUUUGUUGCUAUAUUAUAUAGUUUACCACCAAUAACAAAUCCAGUAUCUGAUUGUAUUAUUGUAUUUUUUACAUUUUCAUGGAUUGUAUGGAUAUUUGGACCAAUAAGUGGUGCACAAAUUAAUCCAAUAGUAACUAUUGCAUUUUUUAUUACAAGAAAAAUAACAAUAAUACAUACUAUUCUAUUUAUAAUAGCACAAUUAAUUGGUGCAAUAUUAGGUGCAUUAUUAGCUAAAAAUUUAAUACCAAAUGAUUUAUCACAAUUAAAUAAAAUUGGUUUAGUUAUGAAAAAUCCAUUAAUAUCACAAGGUAAUGCUGUUGGAUUUGAACUUUUUGGUGGAUUUGCAAUUGUAUUAGCUAUUCUAGCUACAACUGAUGAAUUUCGUCCAAAUAUAUGGACAGCUGGAUUAUUUACUAGUUUACCAUUUCAAAUGGGAGUUGUUCAUGCUUUAUUGGUUGGAAUAUUAGCUAGAUAUUCUGGAGCGGGUUUAAAUCCUGCACGUUGUUUGGGUACAGCUGUCGUUGCAAACGACUUCACUGACUUGUGGGUUUAUCUUGUCGGUCCAUUAUGUGGUUCCUUAAUUGCUGUAAUUCUUUAUGAAGUAGUCUUAUCACAUGGUGUUUCAUUAGAUCGAUUAAAAGCUUGGUUGACUAAUCCAGAUUUCGAUCGCAAUGUGGACUAUACUUCUAGAAAUGAAGUAUUUAGUGAUUAAGAAUGAAUGUAAAAUCGUAUCAUCCACUGGCCAACUAUAAAGAUAUUUGUAAAUAAUAAUAGAAGCGAUUGUCAUGUAAACACUUUCACAAACUAAAUAAAGUAGUCAUAUUCUACGUUCAAAAAUGUUACACGUGCACAGGUAUUAGUUAAUUUAAAAUAAAAGAGAUAAAUAAACGUAAAUAUUAUCA